AUGGCAAAAAGCAUCGAGUCCGUCUCAUCACAAGGAGAGAUUUUCCAGGACCAUCGAUGUCAAACACAACACCAAGGUAGACAAAGCAGAUGGCUAGAACCGAAACUUCAUUCAAACAAGACUCAACCUCAGAACAGUCAAAGAUCCGCAAAAGAGAGACUCCGAAAAUCCCUAAACAAAUCUAACGCAACUCGCCAACAGAGACACAUUGGAGGAAGACGACGAGGGAGAUACCACGAGCCUAUCUGA